CUAAUUACAAUACGUGCGAAUAGUAAUUUUUCAUUUGAUAUUGAAUAAACAGUCUCAGAUUUUAUCAUUGUUCAUGCUGGCAAACGCUUUCAAACACAUUGAUUUUUCGAUAGAAUCAUUGCUGCCUAUAAUAUUUCUGCGCUAAUACUAACUAUAAAAUCAAAAGUGUUGUUAAAAAUAGAAAAUUAAAGUUGUUAAAUUUAUUUGUUAUAACACGUAAUUAAUAUGGUGGACACGGCAAGGCAACUGCUGGAUGAGUUGAUGGGUAGAAAUCGAAAUUUGGACCCAAACACAGCAAAAACGAAAAAAAUUCAAUGGAAUGAUCCGGAAUAUUGUUUGUAUUAUUUGGUGAAAUUUUGUCCCCAUGAUUUAUUUGUGAAUACAAGAGCUGACUUAGGGCAAUGCACAAAAUUACACGACGAUGAAGCGAAACGGUUGUUUGAAGAGGAAAGACCAUGGGCCCGGAAACGAAGCUAUGAAGAUGAAUUUCUUCGAUUUAGUAAUCACAUGAUAAAUGAAGUGGACCGUAAAAUUGAAAAAGGACGACAACGUUUGGCAUUGAUGAAUAAAGUUCCCGAUGGAGCUACACCACCAGCGCCACCAUUAACCAAGUUCCAAGAAAUGAUGAAUAAUAUGAAUGCUCGAAUUAAUAAAUUAAUAGGCGAGGCUGAAGAAGCCGGCAGCCGAGGUGAUGUUGAACAAGCACAAAAUCUCAUGACCUUAUGCGACCAAGUUAAGGAGGAAAAAGAUGCGCUUAUUAAAACUCAUGAAAGUGAACAAAACUCGGAAAAUGGGUCAAAAUCCCAAUGGAACGAAUAUGCAUCGAAUGAAAAACAAAUGGAGGUUUGUGAAGUAUGUGGUGCUUUUUUAAUUGUUGGUGACGCUCAACAGCGUAUUGAAGACCAUUUGUCAGGUAAACAACAUUUGGGCUACUCAAAACUUCGUAAAGCCGUUGAAGAAAUGUAUGAGAAACGACAAAAAGAACGUGAAAAAGAGGACAAAGAGCGUAAUCGAGGAAGACGAGAUGAUUUUGAUCGACGUAGAGAUAAUAAUCGAGAUCGUAGGGACAGAGAUCGACGUAAUCGAAGCCGAGACCGAAAUCAGCAUCGAGACCGACGAUCCGAUGACAGAGACCGUCGUGAUCACCGCUAUAAUCGUGACAGACGUAGACGUAGUAGUCGCAGUCGCAGCUCAAGCAGACACUAAAAUUCAAUUCGAUAGUCACACAAGUGCAAGGCGCCAUAAUCAAUUAAUUUUAAAUGAGGUACCCUCAAAACUUACAAAAAAAGCUCAAAAAACCAACACGAAUCAGCUUUUGCGACACUUGAAUUACCAAAUGGGUUUAAAGUCUUUACGGCCAGUUACUUUUGUGAAAGUAAAUAUUCAACGUUUUAGGAUAAUUUGUUGGAGCGUUCGAGGUAAUUAAAAUUGACAAACAUAGAAAAAACCUAAAUCGUCCACAGAAAGAAUUACCAAUUCUAGCUAUCGAUUAGAAUGCUCAAAACAACACUACCAACUAUAACAACACUGGCCAAUGUCAUCUAACCGAGAAUAGAAACAUACAUUCAAGGUGCGCUCUGAACAUUUUUUCAUAAAAAAUAAAUUAAAAUAAUUUUGAAACAUUUACACGUCUCCUACCGUAAUUGUAACGUUUAGUCAAGUCGCAAACUUUAACCCAAAAAAUCAUUUAGUUUAUAUAUAUUUUGGAAAUAAAAAAAGUGAAUAUAAGAAACACAGGGCGCCUUCAAUUCUGACUUUAGAAAAAGAGAAUUGAAUUAAUAUUGCAUUUAGACUAUAGUUAUAUUUUAUUUUAAGCAAUUUAAAAUAAUUUCAAAAUUAUUCAGAGAAAUUUGAAAAAGAAACCAUUUUUUUGGUCAAGAUCAGCACAAAUAACCACAAGUUUCAAGUAGGCAAAAAACGAUAUACAUUUCGUUUCCACAUCAAUUUAAAAUUAGUAACGAUUCUCGCUUUGGUUACGCAGCCAACUUUGAUUUUCUGUUUGGAACAUUUCAAAGAAGAAAUAAAAAAAAUUCUAAAAUCAAAACAAGCACAA